AUGUCGCAUGAGUGGGCAAGACUCUGGCGUGCGACCGAAGAUGAAGAAUCGGGCACUAGAAAAUGGAGAGUACGGAACGAUUUACGCCUAAAACCGAUCAAUGUUGAGAAGGGGGCCAAAAGAUUCCCUGUGUAUGUUAUGACUUAUCUCGUCAGCAACAGUCAGGACUAUGCUAAUGAAGACCGCCAUCAGAUCUAUGUCUGGAAACCGUCUGGUCCUUGGCAGGUCCUUGGCUCGACACCGGAGAUGAUCAUCACGCCCGUGAUGAAGGACCCCAACGCAGAAGGCUACAUUUCCCCCGAGUUCCCUCAUGCCAUUAACAACAUCCUUGUCGACGACCUAGGACGUGAUGAGGUUUUACUCCUUGCGACCGAUUCCGGAAACGUUUGUGGCUACCAUGUCGAGAGCAUCUUCUCAGCAUUAGAGCGUGCGAAGGCAAACAACGAGAAACGCCCAGUAAGGGAUCCACAUAUUGACCCGUUUCUGUGUGAGCAUGUUGGCAUGAGCGCUUGGGGAUUGGCAAUUCAUAAGCUUGCCCGCUUGAUUGCCGUCAGUGCUAAUACUGGCCUCAUUACCGUCUUUGCAUUUGCGUUGGUCGACACCAGCUCCGAGAGCAGUGACGACUCGGAGAGCCCUUUGGACUUCCAGGACGAUUACAGAGACUAUGGACAGAACUGGUUAAAUGUUGAGAACAACGCUCAAUUCCUCCAGUUUCGUCGUCUUAUGCCAGAUCGUUACCGUUCCCGCAAUGUUCGGCUCACGUACACAGGGCAUUUCACCAAUAUUCCGUGUGUCUCAUUCCUCAAUUGCGACCUCGACCCCAAUGGGACAUGGAUGGUCAGUACUGAUAUAGACAAUAAGCUACUUGUCUGGAAGAUCUGGGAAGGCCUUGGGCCCUUCAAUGCUUUUCACUUUAGUGAUGCUUCUGUUGAGCCGUUUCCACAAACCUUGCGCAACGAUGAACGUGGCUGGAGCGUUUUGGCACUUGACCCCCGGACUUUCCGAUUGAAGAAGUCGCUCGUCCAGGCGUGCGGUGGAUGUCCGUACCAAAAGAUGAGAGACAGUGAGACAGUAUUUGACCUCACUCAUCUGAGCAGAGAGGUUCAAGAUGCUUCUCAUUUGUACAACUACUUCCCGCCUGCUGUCAGGAGUGAACCGGAAGAGCCGACUAUUCCUGAUAUUUUCGACCCUGAUUGCUGCAUCAGCAAAGACAGCUAUCCACAGACGCCUUCCUUAUCUCGAUCCUCCGAUACAUCUUCUGACGACGAGCUGAGUGACAUUGAGGGUGUAUCAGCUAGCAACGUUGGGCGUGAGGAAAGCCAUGAAGGGCGAUCCUCAGGAGAGCAAGGCACAGAUGGACAAAGAUCCGCCGCUGCUGAGGCUGAAACUAGAAGCGAUCAACCGACUCCACACCAAGCAGCUGACAAUAAUAAUAACGGUCACUUUACGCUGGAUGAGUCAAUGACUGCUAACGAUGUUCUUCAACUUAUCCUGCAAGAGGCUCUUGGAGACGCUAUGUCUGAUUCAGACAUAGAAUUAGAAGUGAUAGAUGACGAAAAUGCCGAAACCGUUGAAGGAGGUGGCGAACAGCAGCAGACAGAGGAUUCUGGAGCAAGUGAAGACGCUAGCGACCACUCUGCAGAGACAGGAGAGGCUUCUUCUCAACAUUCCAGCGGUGUAAUGCGGGAUACUACGAGCGAUCCCAACACGGAGACGGAGGAACAGAUACGAGCGAAAGAUCUACCGUCAGCACCAGAACCGAUCUGUUUCAAUUUUCCAAUCCUUCAUUUCUCACAGACCGACAUUCGUCUCAUUCCCCACCCGUUCGCGUCAUAUCCCAGUGUUGUAUGCGGUGGUCCAUUGCGACAACCCUUUACUCGCACUAUCCUGUCGAUACGCUCCUAUGACCGCUUCAAUAUGGUGAAAUAUGUUCCCGAACACGGCAUCGUCAUCGCGGCCACGCAGAAAGGCCGCGCCGCCGUGAUUACUCUUACAGAAGCUCCCGGAAAGGGGCUUACUUUCCGAAUCAAUUGGAUGCUGCCCCUUGCCAGUCAAGAAAAGUACGCGGAUCGCCCGCUUAUUCCUCUACUCGGAAUCGCUGUCAGUCCCGUGCAGGGAUUCGAGAAGCCAGCCGAUGUGUCAUACAUUCCCCGCGGGGCCUGUGACCGGAACGACUUGUCCUUUCACUACAAGUUCCAAGGGAUUAACGGAGAACCUGUAUCUAUUGAUAAUUCUGAUGGGGAUUCUUGGUACAUAAAGCCUGAUGCUGAGGAACAACAACAACCGACUGAGGACGAGAUGAUGAUGAUGGAGACUGAGAGCGAUCUCCCCACGAACCUGAACCUCAACCGUCCGCACUCUUCCAAGCUCACUCUGCCCGAAUGCCACGCGAUCGCGAAUCGAAACUACCAGCCGCAUGAGCGUUGGCAAGGGUGGAACCCAUCCCGUCGCUACCGCCUGUUUCUCACGUACGGCGAUCACACCGUGAUGAGUUAUGAAUUCUGGUACGAAUGGUCUGAUACUGUUGUUGGCGAGAACUAUGAUGGCGAGCGUGACGACCUUUUGCUUAUCUAG